AUGGUGAGCUCUAGUACCAAUCCCUUCAAUGAAGAGAUAGCCAUUAGGAGGAGGAUCAAUAGCAUAUUCAAUAAACUUCAGGAUGAUUUUCCAUCUUUGAAAGUAUACAAUGAUUACAAGGAGGAAGUAGAGGUCAUGAUCCUUAACUUGACUGAAGGAAUAGAUGUUGCUGCUAUUGAGGAAAAGAUUGCUAAAUACCAGGAAGAAAAUGCUGAACAAAUAAAUAUUAAUCAUGCCCGAGAGGCUGAAGAAUUAGCUGUAGCUUUAGCAUCAUGCAAGGGACAACCUGACCAAACUAAUAAUGACAUGGGUGCAAGUGAAAAGUCUGAAGCAGGAUUUGGUGUUGAUCCUCAAGGACAAAAUGCACGUACAUUUCCAGGAGGAAAUCCUAGACCCUCAAGCUCUGGCCCACAACCGAUACCACUUGCAUGGGACGACAUCUUUAUACACUCUGAUGAUGAUGAGGAAACAAAGAGGUUGAAGAGGCUAAGAGCAAACGCUGCAGGAUGGAGUACAGAAAUCACAAGGAAGAGGGCACUUGAAGAAGCUUUUGGAAGCAUGUGGGCUAGUUGACUUGAGAGGUGAGACACAUUGUCAUUCAUGGAUGGUGAAUAUUCUUGUUUCUAAUGGUGCACAUAAUUUCUUAAAUUCUAAGGGCAUGCAAAUUCCAGUGUUAGGUUAUAAACAUACAUAUGAAUAUUCUGGUG